GAAAGAAAAAUGAUAAGAGUGAAGGAGGCAUGUCCUCAGGCCAUGGAACUCACGCAUCAAAUUAGUGUUGAUGGUGACAAAUUGGGAUGUGUCCCAUGGACAUCCAUAUGGGCUAAUAACAACAAGUGCAUGCUCUUAACAAGUGGUCAUGUUAGUCCUGUUGAUGCAGUUCUUUGUGAU